AAGUCGUGCUUACCAUCGUCCAUAAAAAUUUCAAACAUACCCUGCCGUGGUGCUUACUUGUUACUAUAUAUAAAAAAAACUAGUUACUUCUUGCGGCACGGCCAAGUGAUAAUACGUACUACUUACCUGUUUAGUGUUUUAUUUGUCACGGUAAUUAUUCUAUAAAUAUUAAGUGAUUAUUAUCAUACUCUAAACUCUACUGUUUCUAUGCUAAUAUUAUACUAACUAGUUUUUCCGUUAGUACUUAAUACCGUAUUGUCAUUUGUAAUUAAUUACCUUAAAAAUGAACUUAACCACUAAAUUUUCACCAAAAAAAUUGGGAACACACAAUGGCGUAUUCCACUGCGAUGAAGCUUUUGGUUCAUACAUGCUUCAACUAUUAUUUCCUGACUUGGAAAUAGUUCGUACGAGAGAUGAAGAAUUGUUAGCCGAGUGUGAUAUUGUGAUCGACGUUGGAGGCGUAUACGAUCACAGUAAACGUCGUUAUGAUCAUCAUCAAAGAAGUUUUAAUCAUUCAAUGAGUACACUAACUCCCAAUGCCAAAUGGACAACAAAAUUGAGUAGUGCAGGCUUGGUAUACUUACAUUACGGUCAUGAUGUUUUGAAAAAAGUUAUUGCAUCUGAUGUACCAGAUAAUACAUUGAAUACUAUUUAUUCUAAAGUUUAUGAAACGUUUGUACAAGAAGUAGAUGCUAUUGAUAAUGGUGUUCCAAUAUGUGAAGGUACACCACGGUAUAAUAUACACACACAUUUGAGUAGUCGUGUCGGUAAUUUUAACAAAAAAUGGAACCAUGUUGGAGAAUAUGAUGAUAUGAAAGCAUUCAAGCAAGCAAUGCAAUUGAUUAAAUGUGAAUUUGAAGAAACAGUAUUGUAUGCAUUUCAAACAUGGUUACCUGCUAGAUCAUUGGUAAUUGAUGCACUCGAGAAACGAUAUGAAACGCACAAAUCUGGCCGUGUCAUAGAGUUCAAUCAGUCAUGCCCUUGGAAAGAACAUUAUUUUGUAUUAGAAGAAGAACUUGGUGAAGACCUUUCACCAAAAAUUGAUUUUGUUAUUUAUUAUGACAAUUCAAAUUCAGCGUGGAGAAUACAAUCUAUACCAAUUAAUCCUCAUUCAUUUACAUCUCGAAAGCCAUUACCAAAAAACUGGUGGGGUAUUAGAGAUGAUGAAUUGAGUGAUAUUUCUGGGAUAAAAGAUUGUAUUUUUUGUCAUGCCACUGGAUUCCUUGGUGGAAAUAAAACUAAAGAAGGAAUACUAGAAAUGUGUGAAAAAGCCAUUGAAUGAUUUUUUUUUAAUAAUAAAUAAUAAUUAAUGUAUUUAUUUAAA